AAAGGAAUAAAGCAGAAAAGAAAAAGAAGAGGCAGCAUCCAAAUAAACUAAGCCAGUGCCACCUUGAGUUGUGCCCUGCUCGAAUCUAACCGUCGUCGCUACUGCCAGACGCACCUCCUCCCGUUGCCGGAAUCCACCGCCACUCUCUCCGCCGCCGGUGAAUAUUUGUUGGUUGGAAAUCCUAUACUUGUUAAACAAGUUUAGAGUAUAAAGAAGAUUCAAUGGCCAAGAAACCUGGACCGAGACCCAGUAAAAUAUCUGUGUACCUUUACAUUCCGAAUAUCAUUGGAUACAUCCGGGUUAUUUUAAACUGUGUUGCCUUCUAUCUUUGUUUUACAAACAAAAUCCUUUUCUCUAUUCUCUAUUUUUUCAGCUUUGUAUGUGAUGCUGUGGAUGGCUGGUGUGCUCGUAAAUUCAAUCAAGUGUCGACCUUUGGAGCCGUGCUUGACAUGAUAACAGACAGGAUUAGCACUGCUUGUCUACUUGUAGUUCUUUCACAAGUGUACAAGCCUGGCUUGAUCUUCUUGUCAUUGCUCGCCUUAGAUAUUGCCAGCCACUGGCUGCAAAUGUACAGCACUUUCUUGGCGGGCAAGGCUAGUCAUAAAGAUGUAAAAGACAGCAGCAAUUGGCUUUUCAGGGCAUAUUAUGGAAAUAGGAUGUUUAUGGCUUACUGCUGCGUCUCAUGUGAGGUUCUUUACUUAACUCUGUUUUAUCUUUCGGAGACUCAAACAGGGAAAUUGGUGGAUGUUGUAUCGAGUAAUCUCCAAAAGAUAUCAUUGAUUUCUUUCCUAAUUGGUACUACUUUAUUUGGAUGGGCAACCAAGCAAGUUAUAAAUGUUAUUCAGAUGAAGACAGCAGCAGACGUGUGUGUGCUUUAUGACAUGGACAAAAAACGCAGCAACUGAUGAUUCUUCCUUAACCACAAGUCCAUUGCCUUUUAAUACAAGUUUUGAGCUCAAAGAUUAACGAUACCCAAGGUGGCAAUUGAGCUUGAGCUGUUCAGUUUCUGUCAUUUGUAAUGAAAGAAAUAGAAUGAAUUAAAGAAUCUAGCUUUACAAGUAGCACAAAUUUCUGUAGGAUGUGGUGGUUCGUUGCCUUUUAUUGUUGACCAAUGAUUUGUUCAGUUCUGAAUUCCUAAUCAAGUCCAUAUUAUCUGCUAAUAGUGUUCCACGGGUUUUAAAUUGUAAUCAUUUUUUGUGAACAUCUUGCAUAUUCAAAUCCAGUGUAUUUCUCUCA